UUCACGGUUACUGUUCACGGGGGCGGCUUUUUAACACACACUAACAACACCAACCCAACCCCCUCUAACCAUUCACUCCUCUCUCUCUCUCUCUCUCUCUAUAAUAACGCCCACUCCGUUACCUUAAUUGCCUGCUCUCCUCCACACACAGUCUCUCUGUCUCAGCUUUUUAAUUUAGUCAGUGGUGAAUGAAUAUGGAAGUCCAAGAAGAAGCUAUGGUGUUGUCUAACGAAUACACACACAUCAUCAUCAAAGGAAAGCGCACCAAGCGUCCAAGACCCUCCUCUCCCCUUUCAUUAACCAUGUCUACUACUUCAAUCUCAUCAUAUACCAUACCACAACUCCAAAACAGCGGUGGUGGUGGUGGUAUUAGUGACAAUUCAGGUGGCCGAUCGUUUGAUCCCACCACUUCCUCUCCAACCAACUUGGUCCAAUUGACACAAACUACGACGGAAGAAGAAGACAUGGCCAAUUGUUUGAUUCUUUUGGCUCAAGGCGGCCAAACCCCUAAACCAGCCCAGACGGUCAACAAGGCGGCGGCGGGCCCAUUAUACGAGUGCAAGACAUGUAACCGGUGCUUCUCUUCGUUUCAAGCAUUAGGUGGACACAGAGCCAGUCACAAGAAAGCCUCCGUCGCCGGAGAAGAAAAAAAGGUGUUAGCGUUUAUGCAAGAAGAAGAUUAUAAAUUCAACCACCAUAGUACUACUGCCCUUUCUCUUCAAAUUUCUAACAGGGUUUUAUUAUCAAGUAGUAAUAACAAAUAUUCUAAGGUUCACGAGUGUUCGAUAUGUGGAGCUGAAUUCAUGUCCGGUCAAGCUUUAGGAGGUCACAUGAGGAGGCAUAGAAAUAGAAGCAUGCCAUCAAUGGGUACAAGUAGCAGUAGUAGUCCUGCAGACUCAUCUCAAGAUCAAGCCAAGAAACCAAGGAGUAGUAGUAGUAAUGUUCUAUCAUUAGACCUUAAUCUUCCAGCUCCGGAGGUGGACACUGAUCAUCCCGAAUCCAACUUGAUUCCUUUCUCCUCCAAAGGACAACUUAUCGUCUUCUCACCAUCGUCUUUAGUUGAUUGCCAUUACUAAUUCAUGUAAUUCUUUCAUGGAUUUAUCUUUUCCAUGGCCAACAUCAAUAUUGUGAAUCGUUAGCAUUUCAUUUUUCAUAAACAUGAUUAAUUGA